AGAUUACAAAAUUUUCUCUUUUAUUAAUAAAUUUUAUUUGUUUAACCAAAAUCUCUCUUCUUUCUCUCAAAUUCUUUGCGUAUCUCAACUGGGUUCUUUGAAUUUAGAACUGGCUACAUCAAAAUCACUCUCUACUUUUUUCCUUGUCAAGUUGAACUUCAAGCAUGUAAAUUCUCUAUCUUCUUUUUGGCUUUGCCUUUUGCAUAUCACUUGUUUGUUUCUUGUUUUCUGUUUCCGAAGUCUUAAUUUUUUUGACCUAUGAAUCUAAGUAACGACAAAGGAUCCAUGUCCACCGCCAGUUCUAGUUUUGUUUCCGAUCAUUUUCCGGCAGGUCUUAAGGUCCUUGUUGUUGAUGAUGAUCCUACCUGUCUUAAGAUCUUGGAGAAGAUGCUUAGGACUUGCCUUUAUGAAGUGACAAAAUGCAAUCGAGCUGAACAUGCGUUGAACCUGCUUAGAAAGAACAGAAGUGGCUAUGAUAUUGUUAUCAGUGAUGUCCACAUGCCUGAUAUGGAUGGAUUCAAACUCCUUGAGCAGGUUGGGCUAGAGAUGGACCUGCCUGUUAUCAUGAUGUCUGCAGAUGAUAGCAAAAAUGUUGUUAUGAAAGGUGUGACACAUGGUGCUUGUGAUUAUUUAAUCAAACCUGUUCGAAUUGAGGCUCUGAAGAACAUAUGGCAGCAUGUAGUUAGGAAGAGGAAGAAUGAGUGGAAGGAUAUAGAGCAAUCAGGAAGUGUCGAAGAAGGAGGAGAUCGGCAACCAAAGCCAUCCGAAGAGCCAGAUUACUCUUCCUCAGCUAAUGAAGGAAGUUGGAGAAAGAGGAGGAAAGAUGAGGAAGAUGAAGUAGAGGAGAGGGAUGAUACGUCCACAUUAAAGAAGCCACGAGUAGUUUGGUCAGUUGAGCUCCAUCAACAGUUUGUGGUGGCUGUUAAUCAGCUUGGCAUUGACAAGGCGGUUCCUAAGAAAAUUCUGGAGUUGAUGAAUGUCCCUGGGCUAACUAGAGAAAAUGUUGCCAGCCACCUUCAGAAAUAUCGCUUGUAUCUUAGAAGACUAAGUGGGGUUUCGCAGCACCAGAGUAACUCAUUCAUCAAUCCCCAAGAACCACCUUAUGGACCCUUAUCUUCAAUUAAUGGGAUUGACUUUCAAACUCUUGCUGCCACUGGUCAGCUGCCUGCACAAAGUCUUGCUACACUUCAGGCUGCAGGACUUGGCCGGUCAUCUGCAAAGUCUGGCUUACCGAUGCCUCUUGUUGAUCAAAGGAACAUUUUUAGCUUUGAUAAUCCAAAGUUAAGAUUUGGAGAGGGGCAACCACAACAUAUGAGCAGUGGUAAACAAGUGAACUUACUUCAUGGUAUUCCCACAACAAUGGAGGCAAAGCAACUUGUCAAUUUGCACCAUUCUGCACAAUCUCUAGGGGGCAUGAACUUGCAAGUCAGUGCACAUGGAGGCCAGAGUGGCCAGAGCAGCUCUUUAAUGAUGCAGAUGGCUCAAUCACAAUCAAGAGGGCAGAUGCAAAAUGAAACUGCUGGAGGUCAAGUCUCAAGGCUUCCAACGUCAAUGGGGCAACCUGUAUUGUCAAAUGGGAUUGCUAGUGGGAUCUUCACAAGAAAUGGGAUUGGUGAAAAUGGCAGGGGAACAGGCUAUAACAAUUUACCACAACCCUCUUCAAUGUUAAAUUUCCCUCUGAACCACACACCAGAAUUGCCGGGGAAUACUUUCCCUCUGGGAUCUACACCAGGAAUAUCAACUCUCACAUCUAAAGGGCUAUUUCAGGAGGAUGUUAACUCGGAUAUUAAAGGAUCAGUAGGAUUUAUGGCUAGUUAUGAUAUCUUCAAUGAUUUGCAGCAGCACAAACCCCAUAGUUGGGAGUUGCAUAAUGUAGGCUUGACCUUUGAUCCUUCACAACAUUCAAACUCUCUGUCAAGCAGUGUCAAUGUUACACCUUCAGUCUUAAUUAAUCAAGGAUAUUCUUCUAGUGAAAGGAGUGGUCAGAACAGUAAUGCACCACCAAUUAGCAAGGCAAUGUUCUCAGUUGGUGAAGCUACUGAGCAUGGGAAUUCACAGAGUAUUGGUCAACAUCUCAACAACCUUCUUGUGGACAAUUCGAUGCGAAUUAAGACUGAAAGAGUUCCUGAUACAAGCUGUCCGCCUACUCUCUUUCCUCAUCAUUAUGGUCAAGAGGAUCUUAUGAGUGCACUUUUGAAACAGCAAGAUGGCAUUGCCCCAGCUGAAAAUGAGUUUGAGUUUGAUGGUUAUUCCCUGGAUAAUAUUCCUGUGUAGCAUGUGGUUCAUUCACCGGUUCUCUUCAUGGUUGCAGUAUCUGAUGUACAUACUUGCCAUCACACAACUUAUUGUAAAAUCACGUCUGCAAUCAGUAGAUUGAGAAAGAAAGAGCAUAGUACAAUUUCAUGUAGCAGUGUCUUCAUUUGCAACUCUCAUAUUGUGACAGAUUCAUUUGGACAUAUGAAGAUCAGACCAAUAGUGAUUCGGAUUGUGAUCAACGCUGUGGCAAGAUAAAUUUAAUGCAUUGAAAAUACCGGUGCAUGAUAUGCAAAGGCAAUCAUGCAAAAUUUUGACUGUUUGUUAGCAAACCCUAGCAAGAAGCAACUAAUUUUAGGUGAUUUGUCAUGAUGUCCGUUUGUUUAGAGGGCAUCUCUCGUGUCACUGCAAUAUUGUUUUUAGACAUCUCAGCAGACUUGUAGGAGCCUUUAACUUUAGUAACACCUGAAAAGUUUGGCUGCUUUUUCAUUUUCAGUGUCUCAUGCUAUCUUUGUAUUUCCUUAUUGCUUCUUUUUCCUCAUUUAAGCAACCGACUUAGCUGUACAUAUUCCAUUUGAUUGCUCAACAUAAGUCUGGGUAUUCCAUUUUUUUC